AUGACACUGGUGAACAUCCUCGCCGGUUCAGCCGCCAGCAUCGUCGCAUACGUCGUAUGGCGCGCCCUCGCCGAGAUUUGGGAGAGAAAACGAUCUCCGCUGCGCAAGCUCCAGGGACCCGCGAGCCCUAGCUGGGCGUUCGGUAACUUUGCCCAGUUGCUCACCGGCGACACCGGACGCCUGCAAGACAGCUGGUUGCAACAGUAUGGCAAGACCAUGAAGGUCUCCGGCUUCUUCAACCGCGACCGGCUGUUCACCGUCGACCCCCGCGCGCUGAACCACAUCCUGACGCACUCUACCGACUUCCAGAAGCCCGAGGUGGGUCGGUACAACCUCGGCCGCAUCGUCGGCGAAGGGCUGCUCAUCGCCGAGGGCGACGCGCACCGCCGCCAGCGCCGCGUCAUGAACCCCGGCUUCGGGCCCGCCCAAGUCCGGGAGCUUACCGGCGUCUUCCUCGACAAGGCCGCGCUGCUGCGCGACGCGUGGCUCGCGGAGGCGCGCAAGAACGGCACGGCGGCGCCGACUCGGAUCGACGCGCUCGCGUGGCUCAGUCGGGCGACGCUGGACAUCAUCGGCCUCGCCGGGUUCAACUACAGCUUCGACUCGCUCGAGGGUGGAAAGCCGAACGAGCUCAACGAGGCGAUGGCGACCAUGUUCAGCGCGACGGAGGGGUCGCGCUUUUGGACGCUCCUCCAGGCUCGCAUCCCGAUCUUGCGGAAGAUCCCGACCGAGCGUGAUCGUACUAUCGAGUAUGCACAGAACACGAUGAAGCGCAUUGGCUAUGCCCUCAUCUCUGAGCGAAAGGCGGCUAUCCGUGCCGAGAAGCACGGUGCGCACGUCGAAAAGGGCGACGUACAAGGACGUGAUCUUCUCAGUCUCCUGAUCAAGUCGAACAUGGCGGUUGACAUUCCUGAAGAGCAACGUCUGAGCGACCAUGACAUCCUUUCUCAGAUCCCGACGUUCAUGGUCGCCGGCCACGAGACGACAUCAACCGGCACCACCUGGGCCCUCUUUGCGCUCACUCAGAACCAAGAUGUCCAACGCAAGCUCCGCGAGGAAUUGCUCUCCGUACCGAUCGACACCCCGACCAUGGACGAAUUGAACGCGCUACCCUACCUCGACGCCGUGAUCCGGGAGACGCUGCGCGUGCACGCCCCAGUGAGCGCCACGACUCGGGUCGCGAUGAAGGACGAGGUGAUUCCAGUCAGCGAGCCCUACACGGACAAGGACGGCAACGUCCACCACGAGAUCCGAGUCAACAAGGGCGACUACAUUCAGAUCCCUAUCGUCGCCGUCAACCGCGCUAGCCAUAUCUGGGGCAGCGAUGCGCAUGAGUUCAAGCCCGAGCGUUGGUUGGAGCCAAGCGCGAUGCCUGAAGCGCCCUCGCACAACCCCGGAGUUUGGGGCAACAUGCUCAGCUUCCUCGGCGGCCCGCGCUCCUGCAUCGGCUAUCGCUUUUCUCUCGUCGAGAUGAAAGCGCUGCUGUUCGUCCUCGUGCGCGCGUUCGAGUUCGAGCUCGCCGUGCCCGCCAGCGAGAUCUCCAAGAAGUCGGCCGUGGUGACGCGGCCGAACGUCAAGAGCGAGCCUAAGAAAGGGAACCAGCUCCCGAUUCUCAUCAAGCCAUACGUUGCCGACGCUGAGGCGUGA